GAGGAGGAGAGACGGAGGAGUCGGGGGGAGGAAAGUGCAGCUCGCGCGACCAGCCUCCUCUUCCAACGUCACAUUGUGCGAGAGACAAAACCCGGGCGCGCCUGAGCUCACACGCGCACGCACACACAGACGACCCCGUCGCCUCUCCUCUCCUGGCGCUGCCGAGAAAGCCAGCCCUCCCUUCCCUUCCUGGGGCGCGGAGGCUUAGCAAGCUCAGAGCUCAGCCCAGAGACAACACAGAAGGCGAAGAAAGACGGCGGGUCAGCCUUCUUUCUCCCCUGCCUGCCUGGGCUGAGGCGCCCCAUCCCCCGCCCUGAACCCCCGAUCUCUCCCACCCCACCCCUCUGGGUUUCACAAGGACUGAGCCCGGAGCCGGGUGUGCCCCCAUUUGGAAUCCACGUUUCAGCACUUUGGACAGCGCCCGGGCGCCCCGGGCCCCUUUCAGUUGGCUAUGGCGAGCGUUCAGCAAGGGGAGAAGCAGCUUUUCGAGAAGUUCUGGCGAGGAACCUUUAAAGCUGUGGCCACCCCGCGUCCCGAGAGCAUCAUUGUCGCCAGUAUCACGGCCCGCAAGCCGCUGCCAAGGACAGAACCCCAGAGCAGCCCUCUGGUUCCAGCUCAGGAUGGACCCUCGGUGAAGCUGAGCCAGCAUCUGGCCACUGAGGCCUUGGGCACCAACAGCCUGGAGAGAGACAAGGCCUGCCGGGAGCUCAGUCCUGCCAGAGCACGCAGUGCCUCCCGAGACAAAGACUUGACGCCACCACCUUCCUCCAGGGGGAAGAAGAAAAAGAAGAAAUCCACCCGGAAGAAGAGAAGGAGGUCCCCGUCAUAUAGUCCAUCGCCUGUCAAGAAAAAGAAGAAGAAAGGCUCCAAAAAACAUAAGCGACACAGGUCGUUCUCCAAGAAGAGAAGGCACAGCUCCUCCAGCCCAAAAAGCAAAAGGAGGGAUGAGAAGAGGCACAAAAAACAAUCACGAAGCCGGCCCCGAAAAUCUCACCGUCACCGUCAUCACCAUUAUCCCUCCCGGUCUCAGAGCUCCGAGUCCCGCUCCUCAAGCUGUGAGAGCAGGCACCGCGGCAGGUCCCCCGAGGAAGGGCGGAAGUCCCGCCGAAGGCACUCCCGCCGCUGCUCCAGGACCCUCGGCAAGGCCAGCCCCGAGGCCCGCUCCAGCCACCCACCCAGCCAGCCCCUCCGGAUGCUCAGCCUCCUGUCGGCCAGGGGUGUAAUCACUGGGUCGGGGUCUGCAGCUGACCUCUUUACCAAAACAGCCAGCCCGCUCACCACCUCCCGAGGACGCUCCCAGGAGUAUGACUCAGGCAAUGACACCUCUUCACCACCCUCCACGCAAAUCAGCUCAGCCAGGUCACGGGGUCAAGAGAAGGGGAGCCCCAGUGAGGGCCUCACCAAGAGCCGAGAGCUCAACUGUGGCAACACCUCCGAUUCAGGGAACUCCUUCACCACCUCCUCACCCCGGAACAAGGGAGCCACUUUGGAGAAUCUCUCCCCCACCAGCAGGGGCAGAGAGUCAAGAGGAUUUCGGUCGCCAUGUCUGGAAUGUGCAGAAGUGAAGAAGUCCAGUUUGGUCCCAUCCACAGCCCGGAGCUCCCCCAUGAGAGGGUGCUCCCGCAGCCCCUCCUAUGCCAGCACCCGUUCUUCCAGCCACUCCUCCCGAUCCCCAAACCCCAGGGCCUCCCCCAGGUACACCCGAAGCCGAUCCACCUCCUCUGGAAAAAGGUCCUACUCGCGCUCUUCCAGCUAUUCCUCCAAGUCCGGCAAGAGGAGCCCACCCAGCAGAAGCUCCCGAUCGCGCCGCAGCCCCAGCUACUCCCGUUACAGCCCCAACAGGGAGCGGGACCCCAAGUACAAUGAGAAGGACUCCCAGCAGCGGGAGCGCGAGCGAGCGCGUCGGAGACGGCGGUCCUACUCGCCCAUGCGGAAGCGCCGGAGAGACUCCCCGAGCCACCUGGAGGCGCGGAGGAUAACCAGUGCCCGGAAACGCCCCAUCCCCUACUACCGGCCCAGCCCCUCCUCAUCCGGCAGCCUCAGCAGCGCCUCCUCCUGGUACAGCAGCAGCAGCCGCUCGGCCAGCCGCAGCUCUUCCCGCAGCCGCAGCUAUUCCCGCAGCCGCAGCCGCAGCCGCAGCCGCAGCCGCAGCCGGACCCGCGCAAGCAGCGGCUCCAGCUCGCGCAGCCCCAGCCUGGGCUCGCGGAGCCGGAGCCGGAGCCGGAGCUACAGCUCAGCAGACAGCUACUCCAGCACGAGGCGCUAA